AUGAUAAAUGGGGUCUCGCAUUUUCUUGGAAAUAAAGAUGAGGAGCCUCAUGCCCAGGAAAGUCUCAAGAAAUUAGUUGAGUUGGUGGUGACAGAGCCAAGUUUUUUCAACUCACAUUUAGAUCAGGUGUUUACUGCCCUCAUUAAAAUUUCUAAAGACGAAAGUUUAGAAGAAGAAACAAGAUGUCUCGCGGUAGAAGUGAUGUAUGCUUUUGAUGAUAAUUCGAUAAAGAACGUACGCAAGGGCAUAGUACUAGCAGAUCUGGGGGAUGAGUUGGUACGAAUGGUUUCAUGUAUCCCGCAUAAAUCGGGUAAUUAUCUUGUUGGAGAGAAGUUUUUGCAUCGGAUUGCGAUUUUGCAUAGUGCCGAAUUCUAUAUUCCAGCAGUACUCGAGCAAAUAGAAAGAUUGACAACUUCAUUAAACUGGCGAGAUCGAUACGCAGGGGCUACUUUUAUUGGUCUCAUUACAGAAGGAUGUGGAAAGGGAAUUAGCGAUAAUCGUGGUGGAGUUGUAAAAUUGGUCUUCAAAUUAAUAGCAGAUAGCGAAAACAAUGUUUGCUUUGCUACUGUAAGAACAAUUAAAACUUUGUGUGAACAACUACCUCCACAAACUCUUGAUGAUCAAGUUUACAUUAUUAUUACUUUGUUAUUGACGACACUUUUAAGAGACACAAAUCCCAUCAAUAAGGCUCAUACUGUUUGCACAAUCAGUACUCUUUGCAAGAGUUGCAGUUCAAGCUACUUAGCACCGCACUUGCAAAUAAUUGUGAAUGCACUACUUGAAAUCAUCAAGAGUCAGAGUUCAGAGAUUGAGCUGCUGCAAGCCCAUUCCUUAGAGGCUCUAGCAUCUGUUGCAAGAACAUCAAAGGAUCUCUUCUGUACCUUCUAUGAAUCGGUCAUCACUUCGCUGAAGGAACUUCUACCUAAAGCCACAAGUAAUUCGGUGAAAGGAAAUGCUGUUGAGUGCAUUUGGACAGUUGCUGUAGUUGUUGGAAAGGAUAUAUUCAAGAAAGAUGCUAAUGAGGUCAAGGACAUUCUCUUGAACAUUGGAAGGAAUUUAAGAGAGGAUGAUCACAGUUUGAAAGUUACCCUUCUACAAGCAUGGGAGCAGCUUAUCAUAUGUCUCGGAUAUGAUUUUUGUCCAGAUGAUCUUAUGCCUGGUCUGCUCCGUGCAGCUAGUUUGGACUUGAAUAAGUAUGUUUAA